AUGAAAUUAACGAAGAAAUUUAGAGAUUUACAGAGACGUAUUUUUGGCCCUAAACCACCCAAGGACUCAAAUUCCAAUCGGAGUUCUAUCGACACUGCACCUGGCGCUCACGAUCCUGGACCAGGAAACGAUGCAGGGACUACAGAGCCGACAGCUUCAGGCGUCAAUGCUACCAUGAAACAGAAUAUGGGACGAGUCAAUCUCAAUCCUGCCCCCUGUGAAGAUGACACGCCGAAGAUUCCAGGCCCUUCAGAUUCCGGCGUGGCUCCAUCUGUACACGACGCUGGAACAGCGGAUCGAGUCAAAGACGCACUCGUAGUUGCUUGGACCGGCAUGGAGAUGUUGCUCAAGAAGGUCGAGGGUUGUCUCGACGGAACUCUGGCGAAGGCGCCUGUUGCCGCUAUCAACGCCCUCAUUGACAUAAAAAAUGCGGUUGGAGACAACAAGGGCGCUACCGAAGAACUUCUCAUUCAAACCACUGAAAGACUGCUCGUUGUCGGUCAGGUCGUGAACCAAGAUGUCGCCAACUCUGGAAAGUCACGCAUGACGACCUUCGCCGACACUCUUCGCAACGAAAUCCACAAGUUGAAGAAAAUGUCGGAGAAAGGGACAUUUAGACGGGUAUUGGAGAACGAAGCAGACAAGGAUGCCAUCAGUGCGAGCUUGAAACACAUUGACGAGGCUACGAAGACUUUCCAGCUUUACCUCGCAUGGACCACCGAGAUAAAGGUGGAUGAUAUACACUCCGAAAUCAAGCUCACGAAACUUGACCCUCUUCUCGCUCGUAAGGCGAUCUACGACGCUGACUUGGGUGACGGGGCGACAGUGACCCGUGAAGCAUGCACCGCAGGGACUCGCGAGGAGAUUCUAAAUAACAUAAUCGCAUGGGCUAACGACAUCUCAGCGGACAGCUCGCCUGUCUUCUGGCUGACAGGCCAAGCUGGCUCUGGCAAGACGACUAUCGCUUAUACCGUUACCAAACACUUCGAUGAGCUUAAGGAGACAGAAGAUACUAGACGGCACACCGUUUUGGGCGGCAACUUUCUCUGCUCCGGCCAAUUUAACGAGACCAGGCGACAGAUUUAUAUUAUUCCCACCCUUGUAUACCAGCUUGCUCGGAAGUCGAGACCGUACGCCCACGCCUUGCGUGAAGCAGACAAGUUCGACUCGGUCGACAAGUUGGCCAAGCAAAUGGAGGACCUGCUUGUUGGCCCAUGGCAGCGGUCCCAAUCCCGAUGUGAUGUGGAGCCCCCACCUUACCUCAUUGUUGUUGACGCGUUGGACGAGAUCGAGGACGAUGGAGGGUCUGCGUUUCUUCAAAGCUUACUCAAGACAAUCAACGAACGUAGGCUGCGAGGCCUCAAGGUUCUUGUCACGAGCCGACCAGAUCCUCGGGUCGUCAAACUCUGCGAAACUUUCUUGUCCAAGGCGGUCUGCCGCCUGCAAGACGUGCCGAUUGAGCGUGUAGGACCAGAUAUCACCCAGUACCUGCAGAGCAAGCUUCCUGACUUCACAGGCAAGCCGGAGCUGAAGACUAUGGAACAGCUGGCGGGCGGUCUUUUUAUUUCCGCCGCAACCAUCGUAAGGUAUUUGACACCACGUAAAGAUAUAACAGAACCUGAACAACGUGACCUACUGAACACGCUGCAUGAACAACAAUCGUCUUCACCGAGCGAUGCAUUGCUCAUUGACAAGCUCUACCAACAAAUCAUGCGUGACGCCUUUUCCAAGCUUGACGUCAAACUCUUCAACCGUCGCCUGCGUAUUCUCCAUACCUUCCUCUGUACAAUCGAACGCACGCCAGCGUCUCUUGCUGCUGCCCUCCUCUCUGAAUCUCAUGGAACUGUGCUCGCCGUCUUGAACGGACUUCAUGCAGUGCUCUAUCUCAAAGACGGCCAGGUCCUUUGGUACCACACAUCAUUUCCUGACUUCAUCUUCAGUCAGACUCGUUCAACGUUUAAACUCGACGGCCGGGAGAUAUCCGUGUCAUGUAGUCAGGCCCAACACCAUGCCUUUCUCACGAAAUGUUGCUUUGAGUGUAUGAAGGAGUCAUUACGAUUCAAUAUUGGUAACAUAACAUCAUCGUUUUUACUCGACGCCGAGGAUCCGGAGCUGACGCAGCGGAUUGAUACCAAUAUCAAACCGUUCUUGAGGUAUGCGUCUCGGCACUGGGCUCAGCAUUUGACCCAAACCGAUCAGGAGAAUGGGGAGGAUCUCGGUGACUAUAUCACUGAGUUCCUUGAUAUUCGCAUUCUCUUUUGGAUUGAGGCUAUGAACCUACUUGGAUCCAGUGGCCAGUGUACCAGAAUGCUUCAGCAUGUGCGUGAGUGGGUUCUGAAGAAUAUGAACAGGAACAAGCUUGCCACCAACAUUGCUGAAGCAGCCAAUUUUGCCACCUACUUUGUGGCAAAUCCACCAGCUUUGUCUACACCACACUUGUAUAUCUCAGCAUUGGCAUCCUGGUCAACAGGAUCCACUAUGUCUCAACAGUGGAGAGAAAAGUUCCAUGGCAUCCCAUCCUUCACUCAUAGGAAGGCUAGUGAUGUGCCACUGAUCUCAAUACAAACACACACACACAUUUUAUCUGUUGCCUUCUCCACUGAUGGCACCUGCAUUGUCUCUGGCUCAAGAGACAAUUCUGUGCAGGUAUGGGAUGCAUCGACUGGGGCUGAGCUGAAGGUGCUUGAGGGCCACAUGGGCAGUGUCUUGUCCAUUGCCUUCUCCACUGAUGGCACCCGCAUUGUCUCUGGCUCAGAUGACAAAUCUGUGCGGGUGUGGGAUGUGUUGACUGGGGCUGAGCUGAAGGUGCUUGAGGGCCACAUGGGUAGUGUCUUGUCCGUUGCCUUCUCCACUGAUGGUACCCGCAUUGUCUCUGGCUCAUCUGACAAAUGUGUGCGGGUGUGGGAUGCAUCAACUGGGGCUGAGCUAAAGGUGCUUAAGGGCCACAUGGAUUGCGUCAGGUCUGUUGCUUUCUCCACUGAUGGCACCCACAUUGUCUCUGGUUCACAAGACAAAUCUGUGCGGGUGUGGGAUGCAUCAACUGGGGCUGAGCUGAAGGUGCUUGAGGGCCACACACAUAUUGCUGCCAUCUCCACUUAUGGCACCCACAUCGCUGUCUCUGGCUCAGAAGACAAUUCUGUGCAGGUGUGGGAUGCAUCAACUGGGGCUGAGCUGAAGGUGCUUGAGGGUCACACAUUCAUUGUCAGGUCUGUUGCCUUCUCCACUGAUGGCACCCGCAUUGUCUCUGGCUCAAGAGAUGAUUCUGUGCGGGUGUGGGACACAUCAACUGGGGCUGAACUAAAGGUACUUGAGGGCCACACACAUUCCAUCAGCUCCAUUGCCUUCUCCACUGAUGGCACCCGCAUUGUCUCUGGCUCAGGAGACAAAUCUGUGCGGGUGUGGGAUGUGUCAACUGGGGCUGAGCUGAAGGUGCUUGAGGGCCACACAGGUAGUGUCUGGUCCGUUGCCUUCUCCACUGAUGGUACCCGCAUUGUCUCUGGCUCGUCUGACAGAUUCUGCUGGGUGUGGGAUGCAUCAACUGGGGCUGAACUAAAGGUGCUUAAAGGCCACAUGGGUGCCAUCAGCUCUGUUGCUUUCUCCACUGAUGGCACCCGCAUUGUCUCUGGUUCAGGAGACACUUCUGUGCGGGUGUGGGAUGCGUCGACUGGGGCUGAGCUGAAGGUGCUUGAGGGCCACACAGGCCACAUGGGUGCCAUCAGCUCCAUCGCUUUCUCCACUGAUGGCACCCGCAUUGUCUCUGGUUCAGGAGACACUUCUGUGCGGGUGUGGGAUGCGUCGACUGGGGCUGAGCUGAAGGUGCUUGAGGGCCACACAGAAGACUAUUCUGUGCGGUUGUGGGAUGCAUUGACUGGGGCUGAGCUGAAGGUGCUUGAGGGACAUACAGAUUAUGUUUGGUCUGUUGCCUUCUCCACUGAUGGCACCUGCAUUGUCUCUGGCUCAGCAGACUAUUCUGUGCGAGUGUGGGAUGCAUCAACUGGGGCUGAGCUGAAUGUGCUCAAGGGCCACACACAUUACGUCUAUUCUGUUGCCUUCUCCACUGAUGGCACCCGCAUUGUCUCUGGCUCAGCAGACAAUUCUGUGCGAGUGUGGGAUGCAUCAACUUGGGCUCAGAUGCCAAAUAUUAAUAUUUGCACAAAUUCACUCAAUUCCAUCACCUCUCCUGCUGAUAACACCUGUAUCACUUCAGAUGAUGAAUCUGCACAAUUGUCCAUUGUAGGUUAUCCUUACCCUGCUUGGACCACUGAUGGAAAACACUGGAUUUGUUCUGCACUUGGUGGAUAUCGGCUCAUGUGGGUGCCAGAGAUGGCUUAUCCAUACAGCAUCCUUGUAAUUUCCCGCAAAGGGUCUGCCAUUGUCAACUUCCAAGGUUCCAAGAUUGGCCAUGAUUGGGCUGACUGUUACACACCCACCUAG